UGAAUUUUGAAUCUUGUAGGCAUGGCCAUCAAGCAGCAUGGCUGAUGUCUUUUAAAGCUAUGCAGCUGAGCACCAGAGGAAAUCUCUCUUCCCACCCUUAGCCAGAUUGGAGGACCAGAUGCAAAGUUGGUGGCAGCAGCAGCUGCAGGUCAUCAAACUCUCCUUAUCUCAGAGCUCAUUGCUCUUCCAGCUUCCACUUGGUUUCUCUCUCACUUGGAGAUGCCUGCUGUCUUAAAGAGCAGAUGGUGCAAAACAGUGUGUAACACAGGGCUGGGCUCUUGUCUCCCUGUCUCAACAGAGUAGAGGCUUCCAACUGCGGUGUAGCAGGAAUACCUGGCAAGCUCUUUAUGGAGUCUCUCUACAACCAGACUAAUGCAGGCUGCUUUCAUUUCAUGCUGCUUAAUACUGAAGCCAGUAUUUGGGGGGACUUAAUAAUUUGUCUCCAUGUCUUUUCCAAGAACUUUUCUUCCUCUCUUCCCUUGCCCUGCCAUCCCAAAAAGCGGGUGGGAGGGGGGAAGGAGAAGAGACGGUGAGAAUGCAAAACUGCUUGCUGAAAGUUUUUAGGUUGAUCUAACUGAGUAGUGUUGGGGGUUUUUCCUUAAAUAUUAUAAAAUUUUGAUAAUGGAAACUUCUACUACUAAUUGCUAGUAAAAACUAAUUUAUAGCACAAAGGUAUAAACACUCAAUACAGGAUGUCUGGUGGCAUAGUCUGACUGUCAGUUAUGUUGAUACUUAUUAAUGGUCUGGAGUAAGUCUCUAAAUGGACACUUCUCUUCAAAUAAAUCUUAUUAUUUUUAAUAACGAUAAUAGAAACAUAUUUUUGGCCAGCUCUUAUCUGCACAUGGAAGGCUCUUGGGGGAUAUGAUGAGUUUGGGCAUCUAGGGGGUCACAUUUUGUCCCUUCUCCCAAAGCCUGACUCUGCAUACAGGCAGAGAUACUGCUGAGAUUUUUGUGUUUGCUACAUACAAAGCAUACUGAGAAACAAUAUUUUAUAAUCAAUUCAGCUAAACAGGAUCUAGAGGCAUAAGCCUUCAAGAUUUCAUCACCCACUUCAUACAGUCCCCUGAAGCAUGAAGUGUUCCUCCAUAUCCUAUGCAAAGCAUAUACUGAUGCCUUUUUGUUAAUCUAGAGAUGCUCUCAUUGCUUAUUGAAGUAGUAGAGUAACUCCGCAAAUACAACAUACAUUGGGGAGUAGAACAGUUUAGCUAGGCAUAAAGUUUAUACUGCUUUCAAAGACUUUGAAUUUGGUUUAAGAAGUCUAAAGGGUACUGUCAAUAGGGAUUUCUUCUAUUUGAGAGGAGGCUGAGUGGCCCAUCCCUAAAUAAGAGAGGGGUCUAGGGACUAGGCACUGAUCCUCCCACUGAUUGACAUGACUCAUAAUUUAAUCACCUAAUUAAUGCUGCCUUUUCACUUUUGAUAUAAGUAUGAUAGCUCCAUAAAGUCUAAUUCCUGAUCAGAUGCAGGGAAAGAUGCAUCCUAAGGAAGCCUGUAAUCAAGAUCUGUUGAGUAAAAUGUGAACCGUCUUGGCUGGGAAGCUGGUUACACUAACUCGGGACUGUAUGAGUAUAAAAUCUAUGGCAGCCUUCUUGAUUGCUCCCCUGAGUUGUGUGCAGAUGUCUAUAUGGAUUUGGACUACAGAAAGCAAUGGGAUCAGUAUGUUAAAGAGCUCUAUGAGAAGACAGAUGAUGAUGGUAAGAAAGUAAUCUACUGGGAAGUGAAGUACCCUUUCCCUCUCUCAAACAGAGAUUAUGUGUAUGUUCGUGAACGACGAGAAAUGGAUGUCAAUGGGCGGAAGGUUUGGAUUGUACUGGCCAAAAGUGUAUGUGUUCCUCAGUGCCCAGAAAAGCCUGGCAUUAUCAGAGUGAAGAGUUAUGAACAAACCCUAGUGAUCGAGAGUGAUGGCGAAAGCGGAUCCAAAGUUUAUAUGUAUUACUUCGAUAAUCCUGGUGGUAUGAUUCCGUCAUGGCUUGUCAACUGGGCAGCCAAGAGUGGAGUACCUGCUUUCUUGAAAGAUAUGCAGAAGGCUUGCCUUGCUUAUCACAAAGAAACAUAAGCUACUACUUUGGGACUGCCUGAAUGGCUUUACUGAUUUGUUUUCCUCAAAUAGGGUACUCGUGUGGAUGGCAAUUGUAACACUGGAUGAAAUCUACCUCCUGGGAUAACUAGUUUUUGAGUGGCAUAGGUGUCAUUGGCAUGCCUUGGACUGCAUCUGGCCUUUUAAUUUCCAGCUCUUUGUGCUAUUUGGCCCUCCUUGCAAAUCAUUUCAUUGGCAUUUAUGAGGCUGCUUAUUUCAAAGUGUUUUCUUAUCCUAUUCACUCUAUUCUUCUCUGUCUUCUACACUGGAUCGGAGAGGAACUUCAGUUCAUGAAUAUCAGUCCUCCAGUAGGGUUCCUAUCUUAUUUAGAAGAAUACAUUCAAAUGGCUCCUAAAAUAUUUAUUUUUCUUUUGAGCAAAGAAGGGAGUUCUGAUGCUCUAAUUAACCAUGCGUAUCUUGCCAGGUAACUUCUUGCACAUUCUGGCAAGUACCAUGCACAUGCACUUUGAGCACUUCCUGUUAAAGCCUAAUAGUCUCUCUCUUCCGCUUUCCAGGGUUAUCAUGUAUAGCCUGGCUCUGCCAUUCCUGGCCCUGUACAAAUCCUGUCUGCUUGCCAGAAAUACAAGAUCCUUCCUUUUUUCUGUAUUAAACUUGAAGCCUACUGCCUGCACUAGGACUUCUACUCUAUUUGUAGAACUUGGUUUACUUGUGACCAUCUUAAAUCUUCACUUAACUGUUUGGUUAAAUGUGCAUUGGCGUCAUUGUUGCCUAAUGCUUGGCAUAUACCACACCCAGCUAGUUGAAAUGAAGCAACUUGAUGAAUUGGUUUUGUGUCGUACUUCUCUGGAAUCUAAUUGGCAAGUUCAAAGUUUACAAUAGGGGUCUUAAAGCUUGGAUUUUCAUUAUAAUUUGAAAUUAUUGCUGAGAUGAUCGCACUCUGUUGGUUAGGGACCCUUCUAAAUCUGUCAGCAGCGAAAUAUUUUGCUCUCCAAUCAAAUUGGAUGUUCAUGUAAAGAAAGGGAAAGGAUUGAAAUCCUGCAGCUGGUGACCUUAAACUAAUGGGGGAAAACUGUCUAUUUGGGGGGAAGGACAUAACUUAAGGUUACUAUCUCAGGGAUAUACAAUACUUCAUACCAAGAUGGUGCAUCACUGGUCAAUGGAAUGGUGAAUCUUUUCUAAAUUAAAGAUAUAUAAAUAUGUAUGUAUGUAAAGAAAUGACUACUAUGGUUGUAUAUACCUCAUUGUUUGAAUGUCUUCUCCAGUACUAAAUUAAAAAAAAUCCUUUAACUUACUUUGUAUAGAUAUACUUGUCAUUGCUAGAAAAAACAUUAUUCUUAACCUUGUUGACUACAGGUAACUGUCUCUGCCUUCUCCAGGUUUACUAUGGCCAAUGGUUAACUAGAGAACAGUUAGUUGUCUUCAUGACUUGACUAGUUUUACAUGGAUGUAGUUUGACUACUUGCCAAAGGCGUUGAGUAAACCAAGUAUAAAUGCAUUCUGAACUUUUAACUGUGACUUCAUAAGGUUUAAGAAGCUGUCUGAAGUUACCACCAAAUGGUAUGAAAAGGGACAGAUUCAACCAGUGAAACUAAUACUUCUGCUUCUUUGUUUGCUUGUUUCUUUUCUUGCAAAAUAAAUUAUUUAAUUGGG